AUGCGUUGCUACCCAAAUGAUGAUUCAAAUAUUAGCGUUUUUAAAAUUGUUUGCCCCACAAAUAUUUGUAUUUGUGGUAAUGUUGAUAAACAAUGCUACUUUGCAAAAACUGUUAAUCCUGGAUCUUUAGACUAUAUGUUCUAUUCUCAUAGUGGCAGCAUGUUUGUUAAUCCAAAUGUUGGUUCAGUUUCACUAUCGUCACCUGAUAACCAUCAUUUUGAUCCAAAGACUAGUGCCCCAAAAUUCAUGGAAUUAACUCCAGGCACAAAAUCAUAUCUUAAUGGGAAAGAGCUUUCUGUUGCUUGUACAUCUUGUGAUAACUUCAAGCAGCUAACGUGUUGA